AUGGUUUUGAAAUCUCAAAGUAAGGAGGCUCAAGCUGCAAAAGGUCAAGGCAAGGACAUUGUAGUUUCAAAGGCACAAAUGGCUGAAUCCAAAUCUAUUCCAAGAAAUCCCACAAAGAAGAUGAGAUUUGCUUCAUCCUCUGAGAAAGACCCAAGCUCUGCGACAUUUGAUGAAGUGACGAAAUCGACUCGCGGUAUCAACACAAUAAGCCGUGUUGUGAAGAGGAAAAUCCAGAAGAUUAAGCCUGUGGUUGAGUACAAUAAAGUGGCAAACAACAUGGCAAAAGUCCCUCUUGUGGACAAGAAAUGGACUCAAUUGCCCAAGGACCUGAAGGAGCAGAUUUUGGAAGCUGUUCAAAUGGCUUAUGUUGUUGGGGAAGGGGGCAAGAAGAUGGUGUUGUCGUCUACCACCAAAAAAUGGAAGGAUUUUAAGUCUACCUUAAAAGAGCCCCCUCAACUUUAUAACUUCAUAGAGAAAUCGCAAUGGGAUGCCUUUUUAGCGUCAAGGUUAUCCCCAGAUUUUGAGGCUGUGCAUUCUGAGCAGUCACAGAGAAGGGAGAAAUGCGGGUACAACCAUAGGUUGUCUCGAAAAGGGUAG